GGUAUUUCUGAUGCUGAAGUCUUACAGAUUUGACUGUUUGAACAGCGAUUAUAUACAGAAGAUAUAUACAGAUCUAAAGUCUGAUUAUGACAUCUAAGGAGACCAAACUGCCAAGAGCAGUUGGUCAACCCCGAACUGGACAAGGAACAUCUACCUAUAGUCCAGAAGAGAGUGAAGUUCACUCCUCAAAUGAUGGAAAUCCUCCAUCUUAUGAUGAUGUAAAAUCACCAUCUGACAAAACCAUUGAGAAUACUAAAGCAAACGACAGCAAGUCUCAAGUUGCUAUCUCAGUGAUGUCAACAACAACAGAAAAAGGCAAACGACAUGAUGCUGGCACAGGAGUCGAUUCAGAUGAAAUCAAAGCUACUAUGCUUGAUGGCGAACAUAAUACUCCUGCCAAGCCCACUGGUGCUGACAAAGAAAGAAAGAGGCCACCUUCAAAGAUACCACGACCGUCCAACAUUCCCAAAAGGCAGCCGGAUGAGGGCAGUUCUCCAAAUACUGGCUUUGCGAUGGAAACGAGAAAGACACCGGAUACGACUCAGGCCGGAACUUGGCGAUCUAAAAUACCUGUUCCAAUUGACAAGUUAACAAAUGGAAAUUCAAGAACAUCUGGACCUUCAUCUUCAGAUUCUGAUAUGGCAGCUGGAAAACUCCAAAAUGUAACAUCUUCAACAGCUAGAAAAGGAAAUUUGACGUCAAGUAAAGACGAAAACCCCAGUCCUUCAAAAAAUUCUUCCGAGUGGUCAACCUCUUCUGACGGCGGAAAAUAUAUGCCCAAAAAGGUUACUUCCUCAACAAUCAAAAUCGGAAGAUCUACACCUGCGAACUAUGGAAGUUUUACACCUGCAAAAAGCGAAAAGUCCCCAAAGAUCAGAAGUGGUAUGCCCAAAAGUGGUAUGGCUGCGUCAAGCAAAAUCGGGAAGUCGGACACUGCAAGGCUCGCCUUGAAGAAUGUAACUUCCCCUGCAACCACAAGUGGAAAAUCUAUCCCAAGCAAGAUGGCAAAAGCUCCACCAGUCAAAAGCGGAAAAGCUAGUUUUGUGCGAGACCAGUCCUUGUCUUCUUCGUCAUCUGAGAAUGCAACUCUUGGUGUGAAGAACCUGAAUUCUCCAACCAUCAAACGCAGAAAUUCAAAACCUGCGCAAAACAGAUAUUUGGCCUCCACUUCCUCUGACCUUGACCACUCCGGUCGUAAGAAUCCAACAUUUCCACCAGUGAAAUGCAGAAAUACUCCACCCACCAAGCCAAGGAAGGUUCCAGAGAAAACAAACAUCAAAACUGGAGAAUGCAAACCCUUAAGGGUCCCUUCGCUGUCGUCUUCUUCCUCUGAAAAUGCAAGUCGCAGAAAGCCCAAGCGUUCAUCUACGCCAGUGUCCAACACUGAUUGCUUUGGUUGUAUGAAAAAUACAUCUACACGAAGCGAUAGCAGAAAACAACCACCAGCAAAGAAUGCAAGGUCCAGUGCAAAAAGAGCCGAACUGUUUCCAGCUGAGAGUGCCAAAACCCGGAAAAGCAGACCGCCAAUGCAUUCGUUCACUGCACAAAGUGACACUGGCCCUGUGAAGAAAACAACUCCAGGAAAAGACAACAGAAACUUACGACCAGCAAGAGGCAGAGGGUUGGCAACAAAGAAAACUACGACUGGAGCAGAAAAACAUCGAACAGUUGAAAACGAAAGGUCUUUGCCCUUAAGAGUUCCAUCUGCGUCAUCGUCAUCUUCUGAAUACGAAAGCCAAAUCCUGAUGGAAUUAACCUCACCAACAGGUAAACACAUGAAAAGCGGAAAGUCGAGGCAUUCCUCCACUCCGCAACCUGAAACUAAUUAUUUUGGUUGUAUGAAGAAGACAUCUUCACAAAUCGAGAACAGGGGAAUACCAAAAGGCACACUGUCCAAAACUAAUAUAGGUGGCAUAUCCUCAAGGGGGACCACAAUACAUCGAACAAGCGGAAGGGCUUGGCCUUUAAAAUCGUCGUCAUCCUCUGAAAAUGAAUGUCGCAGCAUUAUGGAUAAAACAUCGAAGACGGAUACAAACAGAAAGCCGAGGCUAGUCAUUCCAAAAUCUGAAAGUGGUGGCUUUGACUACAGCAGUGAAACAUCGCCACAAGCUGAAUGCAGAAUGUCACCGACAAAACAGGGCGAAAGAGACAGAACAACUAGAGCUCAGAAGUUUACAAGCGAAAAAGAAAAGCCACGAUCAAGGGAAUAUGAAGUAUCCUGGCCAUUGAAAGUCCCGUCUGCGUCUUCUUCAUCUUCUGAAAAUGCAAGCGUCAUCCUCAUGGAAAUAACAUCACCGAGAAGACGUUUGCCAACUCCCGAGCCCGACGUUGGUUGCUUUGAUUGUAUGAGUGAAACAUCAUGGCAACUUGCAAAGGAAAAAGCAGCAAAAAGCAGAUACAGGGACAAAGAUAAACGUUUGUCCUCUCAGAACAAAGGAUGUUUCGAGUGUUUAGGUCUAAAAUCUCCUCGGGCCACGUCUGCACAGGCUAAAAUCGUCGUCCACGUGAAAAGCAGACCCUCCUCUUCCACUUCUUCAGCCUCUGACACUAUAAGUCCCACCUUGGAGGGCAAGAAGCCCCUUGCAUCUUGUUCAAACGUUGAACAGUUUCGCUCCGCUAGAGAUACGGUGUCACCAACAGCCAUCAAAGAAAAUGUUCAACUGAGAAGAAAUAAAAAGUCACUAAAAGAAACAUCUAACGCAAAGGAAAAGGCAACGCCAGACUUAAGUGAAAGUCCAAUGUCGGACAGACGUGAUAUACCAACACCUGUCUCAAGAGAAGAGUCACUAUCAGACUCAUAUGAAAAGGCAUCAUCAGAUGAACAUGAAAAACCUUUGUCACACACAAGUGAAAUGUAUUCCCCAGAGAGAAGAGAAAAACAAUCAAGUGAGAAGAGUGAAACAAUAGCAGCAGAGAGGCCUCCAUCGGGCAGUAGUAAAAAUCCGCCAUCGGACUCAGACAAGAAGCCUUCAUCAGGCAGAAAUGAAAAGCUUGCAUCAACCACAAUUGAUCAGUCCAGCUGUCGAAGACAACAGUCUUUGUCUUCCUCAUCAUCGGACAGCGCUGCAAGCCGCAUCCUGAUGGAAAUAACGUCUCCAACACCUAGGUACAGAAAGAGAUAUGUCAGUAACAUCGCAAACUUUUCAUCAGCUGGAAGUCGAAAGACCAGUCCUCGAAAAGGCCGUCCGUUGUCUUCACCAUCGCCUGACCUCACUAAUUUCAUCCCAGAUUGUAUAAGGUCUCCGGAGACGGACGAACGAGAGUUCAGAUCAGCAAAAGAAACUGCUUCUUUAUCCUCAACUGAAAACAUCAGCCAGGUUGAUGACAGUGCUCUUCAGAAGAACCAGUCUUCUACUGUGACAAAGCUCAUUAAUAUGAUGUCCAAGGAAUCUCUGUCUGCCGCCCAACCUUCAACAACCCAAGGUCACGGGCAGUCAACUGGCAUUGUAGGAUAUACCGUCGACGCAUCAGCCCAAACUGACAACAGGGGUUCCUCAGAUGAUUUAAAUGAAAACGAGGACUACAGUCGAAAGGGCCUCCGGACCUACUCCCCUCCGCAUUGCGAUCUCUAUCCUCCGAGUUCUUGCAUGAAGAUUUCAGAAACAUCCGACACAAACCGUAUUAAGGUCAGCGCUGAUAAAGACGCCCAGCUUUCCAAGAAUAAAGGAAAAGGAAAGGACAAUUCGUCCAUGAGGCCUUACGCUUUGCACAGAACAAACGUCAAAGGGAAGGGAGAAGAAACGAUGGAAGCUAACCCCUGUCAGCAAGGAGCAGAUCACGAUUUCCAAGGUUUAGAUGAUGUGAAGAAAGUGUCGAGAUCAGAGGCAGUUCCUGACCUAACCCGGUUCAGGGGUAUUCCUGAGACGCCGGCUCAUUCUCAUCAACCUGUGUUUCCCCCGAUCUCUCCUGUACACAGGUACAAGACAACGUUUCAGCCCGACCACUUCAGACCGAGAGAGAUCUUCGAUGAUGACAGCACUCCGGACAUCCGAGAUGUGGAGUGGGUUGCCAGACAAUGUGAGAUAAAUGAGGCACGACGCCAAGCUUACCGUCACCCAGUACCCACCCCUCGAGGCAGAGCUCCCGGCAACCGCCAAGAGCGUAGCCCUGUCCACCGAGUGAAUGAUCCCCCGCUUCAUCCCAGACCAAGGACCAUCAUCAGAGUUGUCAUCAAGCGCUGGAGAAGAGCGAGGGCUUGGCUGACACGAUGCUGUAGCUGUGAAGCUGAUUAGUUUGGAGGUAUGCAAUUAACAAACUUUCAUAUCUUGAAAGAGCAUAGAUCUAAACAGGUAAAUUUAGAUUUUUAGAUUUUUCUUAUCCUUUUUUGUUUUUUUUGGUCUCUCCAGUGGACAAUGCCUUUGCAACAGAAUUUUUCCUAAAAGUGUAUCAAAAUUAUUAAAUUCAUACACG